AUGAGGGGCGAGCCGCCCCCCCGAGUCAUCCGAGCGGGCAACGCCAACAUGAGGGGCGAUCUCGUCCCUGCGUCCAGGCUCCCAUCGACCACCGUCGUCGAGCUCGUGCAGCGCCGGUGCGAAGCCCGAGCCUCGCGCAACUACGCCGCCGCCGACGCGCUGAAGGAGCGGCUGGAGGCAGGCGGCGUUAAGCUUCAGGACUGCCUCGGAGGUGGGACGACAUGGGAGUACUCUGUCAGCCGGCGAGACGGCGGCGGCGCCUCUCCCAUGACGGCGCUCGCGCGGACCGCUCUCGAGAGCCACACCGACCGGGCGGCCGUCUCGCGGCUCAGCGACGAGGCGCUGGCGCUGUGCGCUGCGGGUGAGCCGCUGCUCGGCCGGGUGGCUGCCGACGCGGCCUUCGACUUUGCGCUCGCAGGGUGCGAGAGCGCGCCGCUGCUGGAGUCGCUGGCCGCAGCGCAGGCGGCCGAGUUUGACCGCUGGCGCAGGCCGCAGCCGCUAGUCAGCCUGCAAGUGUGCGAGCGCCUGGCCGCCGCCGGCCUCGGAGGCGCAGCCUUUGCACGCGCGGCGGCGGCGCUCGAGCGCGGCGGCGCGGCGCACGCAGCGGCAGCAGCCUCCCUCCGUGGCCUGUCGUUCGGUUCGCCGCGGCCGCUGCGCUGGCUCUGGAGGCGGGCGGCGGCACUGCCAAAGGAGGCGCCGCCGCGAGACGCGGACGCGGACGCGGCACUCGCGCUCGCCCUGGGAGGGUUCGACGACCCGCGGCUCCCUCUAGUUCUCGACCUCGGGUGCGGCUGCGACUCCUCCGCCCUCAAGACUGCGUUCGCCACCGGCACCGCCUCGCGGUGGGGCACGGCCGCCACCGCCCGCUUCGCCUCCGCCUCCGCCGAGCGCUGCCUCGCCGCCGCCGCCUCCUCCUCCACCUCUCGCCUCGCCGGCGUGCUCGUCCAGUUCCCAACGCCCUACCGCGCUCCCGGAGGGGGAAACGCGCAGCUGCCGACCCGCGAGGAGGGGUACAUGCUCUGGCGAGUAGAGACCACGCCUGCUAUUCACAGCACAAGCCCUCGCGGGGGCUCGAGCAUGCGCAGCGAAAAGCAUCCUUUUUCCAGACGGAUCCCCCCCUGUGAAAAAGCGAGGCGUGGUCUCUACUCGCCAGGCCUGCGCGCCCACGGCGGCGGCGGCGGCGGCGGCGGCGGCGAGGGCUCGUCGUUGCGCCGCGCGCGCGUGGCGCGAGCCGGCGGCGGCGUGGGCGCGGCAGACGGGCCAGGGUGGCUGAGGGACAACCCGCUCGGCGUGCUGAGCGAGACGGAGGCUGCGCUCCUGCUCGACGGCCGCAGAGUGCACAGGUUCCUCGCGAGGGCAAGGGGUCGGGGUUGA